CACCACAAAAAGUGGGCGGAUGGAAGGGUCCCCCACCUCCCUCUCUGCCAAUGGCAAAGCGAUGAGAGAAGACCGGGUUGUGCAUGCGUGAUCUGCAGUGUGCAAUCUGUAGAUCCCCGGCAGCUUGCCCUGAAACACGCAGACACCCGCGCGCGCACACAUACGCACGCGCGCGCGCUCACACGCACAGAGGCACGAACACACACCGCGCCUGCAGGCAGGAGAUGCAGGAGCGCCACGGACUGCUCUCCACCGACAAGGGCAACACCGAAGCGCUUCUUGGCUCUGCGCAAGCUCCGGAAACCCGGGAAGGAACCCCGAGCGAAGCACGCGCCUCGUCCUGCUGUCCCAUGCCACCAUGCGCGUGCUUUCGCCGCGCGCCGCUCUUCUGUCGGUCUCCUACUCUCAGCUGUUCCUCAUCCUCACCAGCGGCAGCUACCUGGCCCUGUCCUCAGUGGUGGCUCUGGGUGCCAAUAUUAUCUGCAACAAAAUCCCCGGACUGGCCCCCAGACAGCGUGCCAUCUGUCAAAGCCGCCCGGACGCCAUCAUUGUUAUCGGUGAGGGUGCUCAGAUGGGCAUCAACGAGUGUCAGUACCAGUUCCGCUAUGGUCGAUGGAACUGCUCUGCCCUCGGUGAGAGGACCGUCUUUGGCCAAGAGCUGCGAGUGGGCAGCAAGGAGGCAGCGUUUACCUACGCCAUCACGGCAGCUGGAGUGGCCCAUGCAGUCACGGCAGCCUGCAGUCAGGGCAACCUGAGCCACUGCGGCUGUGACAGGGAGAAACAGGGCUACCAGAACCAAGAGGAGGGCUGGAAAUGGGGUGGAUGUUCAGCCGACGUCAAGUAUGGCGUUGAGUUCUCCCGUCGCUUUGUGGACGCUCGUGAGAUUAAAAAAAAUGCCCGCAGACUCAUGAACCUGCACAACAACGAGGCAGGCAGAAAGAUUCUGGAAGAGAGGAUGAAGCUGGAGUGCAAGUGCCAUGGCGUCUCGGGCUCCUGUACCACAAAGACAUGCUGGACGACACUGCCUAAGUUCCGUGAGAUCGGCUACGUGCUGAAAGAGCGGUAUGGUGCUGCUGUACAGGUGGAGGCAGUGCGAGCCACACGCCUGCGCCAGCCCUCCUUCCUACGCCUCAAGCAGUCACAUGGCUACAUCAAGCCCACUGAAACGGACCUGGUGUAUCUGGAACGCUCCCCCAACUACUGCGAGGAGGACGCGUUGACAGGCAGUACAGGGACCAGGGGCCGCCUCUGCAACCACACCUCACCCCACCCAGAUGGCUGCAACCUCAUGUGCUGCGGCCGGGGUCACGACACACACCAGUAUACACGCGUGUGGCAGUGUAACUGCAAGUUCCAGUGGUGCUGCUUCGUCAAGUGCAACACCUGUAGUGAAAAAACAGAGGUGUUCACUUGCAAAUGAGAACAAGCGAAAGAUGGGCAGAGGGGCACAGAAGCGUGAAGAGGAAGUGAGAAUAAGCUCAGUUUGUCACAGCUUCGUUUUGCACAUCAGGUACUCGUUGCAGGGGAAAAGGACCAAAAUAAAUGAGGAUGAGUCUUUUGGGAAAAAAAAAAAAAAAGUGCACUGACUACAGUCUGACACAUCGUAUGAGUUAAUGUUAUUAUGUGGGACCACACAGAGUGAAAGGACUUCAUAGCUCAGAGUGUCUGAGGCCAUUGGAAGAAUCUUCGGAGGAUCUGAUAGUGGCUGUGUUUGCAUGAUUAUGUCAGACAAAUAAGCUGAUAAAGGGACAAGAACCAAUUCUAAAGACUGGAGCUGUUGUUCAAGGCAACGUCUGUGGAUGGAUGGGAGAAAAAAGACUGAUGUUUUCCUCAACAUAACAUGCUGGAUUACUUCAAAUGUUCAUUCACACUGUAUCUGUUUGAACACUGAAAAAAGACUGACUUUCUCUUCAUUCCCUUUUGGAGAGGGAGAAAACUUAACUGCAUAGUUCUUGUCCUGACUUUGUUAAGGCAGAUGUUUCUUUUACAACUUCGAAUAAUGGUUGCUACUGAUAUGUUGCUGUUGUAUUUCCAUAGCUCAUAAUAUUUCAGUACAAUUGUGUAAUAAUAAGAACACACAGAAACCAGGUGUCAGAUUCAAAGUUGGCAGACGAGUAUUUAUUUUCCCUGCUUUUCUUUGCUGCUCACUGAUAGAAAACAGGCCAGCUAAGUCCACAGCCAACUGGACAAGAUGUCAUGGAGUCACUGAAUGUGUUGCUGAUUGCUGCGGUGGGAUGUGUGAUUCUGUUCUGUUUUGUUGUGGGUCUCCCAAAAAAUUGCAUACUUUUGUGAGAAUGGUUAAUGUUGAAAAAAAAAAUGCUAUACUGAAUCAAACCACCACAACGUGGCAAUGAGACAU